GGUAGUACCAACAUAAUGGAGGUGGAAGAGGCCACAUUUGAUGUUUUCUCCACAUCCCGUUCCCGUCUCCUCCUGGUGGAUGACAGAAAUGCUUCCCUUUUUAACUCCCACAGUUUGGGAAUGCUACAAUGGGGCAGUCUGGAGGAUUUCAAGGCCUUCAACAAGAAGUGGGAGAGUGUGGACGAUGUCAGGCAGAUUCCCUCAGACUUCAGUGCUCCUGCGUCUCACCUCGGGAGUGCAGAUAGGUUACAGUUAUUGGGCAUGGAUCACACAGUGAUGGGUAAUGUCCAUCAUCAUGAGACCUACAGUCAAAGUGGAACCCUUCCCCUUGGAUCACUGGAUGAUGUGGAUGAAGUUGUAUUUGAGAUCAUGGUGGACAUGAGGCCUGGGGAAAAAAGAUUUGGCUUUUCUGUCAUGGGUGGAUUGGAUGAGGGGUUUCCACCUCGGAUUGAUGACAUUGCAUCAGGUUCCCCAGCAGACAGAGCUGACUUGGAAGUCUGGGAUGAAAUUCUGGAAGUCAAUGGAAGAUCUUUGGAAAACUGCACUCAUGCAGAAGUCAUUACUUUCAUUCACAAGUGCAUCAGGAGUAGGUGUAUAAAAUUAAGAGUCAGAAGAAGGAAGAAUAAUAAAUCAGGAGGCCCAUCAUUUGAAAAUGUCCAGGAUGCCUACAUGAUAGCUGUUGAAGAUGCUGCCAAAGAGAAGCUGGAGAAAUUGUCCCAAACUCAUACAAUUGUUCCCCUUGAUAUGACAAAACUAGCACUGAGUAAUCAAAAUACAGCAUCAGAAGAAAGCCAGGUAGAGAGUUAUCAAUUUAAUCAGUCCUCCAUGCCUGUGAAUACCAAAGGCAAACCACUGGGAAAUGGUCACUUACAGCAAGUGGAAAUGAACGGUUUCAGUGAAAAGGAAAUGACAAAGAAAAGUAAAGGUGACAAAGGUCGCAAAGACAGUAAAGCUAAGAGGAACAGUACGACAGAAACCCCUCUCAUAGAGAAUGCUCGCAGCCAGAACUCUCUGAAUCAUUCACAGGAGGAGUUACAGUACUAUCAUGAACAAGAAGACAGCUUUAAUUAUCCAUAUACUGAGAACUCUUUUGAAGUGGAUGACCCAGGUCCACAUAGAGAAAUGGCUAUUGACUGUCCAGAUAGUUUUACAGCGACAGUCAAGUCGCAUCCCAGACCCCCCUCCUCCCAUUCCCCAUAUUCUCAUCCCUCCACUCCCAACAAGUCAAUAGAAAAACUGCCAGAUGGUAAAUCGCAGCCAGAGGUGAUAUCAAAUGGACAGCAGAAUGUUCCUGUUACACAGGAACAGUUGGAACGGUUGCGGAAACAUCAAGAAGAUUUACGGAAACGUCGUGAGGAGGAAAGUCGAAUUGCAAGGGAACAGGAAUUUUUACGCACAUCUCUCAGAGGCUCAAAGAAACUGCAGGCCUUGGAGAGCAGAGGUCACAAUGUGGAAGGCAUGGUCAACACAGCAUUUGAGGAAAAUGAUGAUGAAAUGGAUAACUUGGAUGAUGGAUUUGGAAGCACUAGGGCUUCAGAAAAGGACAGAUACAUGAAAAAGAAUCUAGGUACAAAAGACAUUUUCACCUGUCUUAAGAAACUACAGAGUAAAUUGAAUGCUGCAGAGGAGAGAGAUGAGUUGUCUUUUCUUACUACUCUCUUUCAAAGUCCUCAGUUUCAACAAGCUGUCAACAUCCACAGAAAAAUGAUCAGUGUGACUACACAAUCUCCUCCCCCCAAACCCGAGGCUACAGAUGCCUACCAGACAUCUAAUGAGGUGAUGGAGGAGUUACAAAAUGCACAAUCUCCCUACUCCUCAGACCUGCUGGAGAUGCUUUCUUCACCAGGCUUCAGAAAUCUUUUUCGAGCACAUGAUUUAGUGGCAGCACAACAGCUCAAACCUGUGACGAGCCUCCCAGAUGAAGCUUUCGAGCAGUAUUCUAUGCAAACGUAUGGAGAGGACAGCAUCAAAAUUGUUCAACUUCAAAAAACCAAUGAACCUCUGGGUGCCACUGUUCGUAAUGAUGGGGAUGCUGUUAUAAUAGGGAGGAUAGUGAAAGGGGGAACAGCAGAAAAAAGUGGUCGUCUACAUGAAGGAGAUGAAAUCUUAGAAGUGAACGGGAUAGACAUGAGAGGCAAAAAUAUCAAUGACGUUUCAGAUUUGUUGGCCAAUAUGAGUGGAAACAUAAACUUCACAAUCAUUCCAGCAGGCAACUUUACCCCCAAACUCUCACCUCGCGAACAGGAGGAGAUGAUUCAUGUAAAGGCCUUGUUUAACUAUGACCCAGAGGAGGAUAUAUACAUUCCCUGCAGAGAGCUGGGAAUAUCCUUCAUGAAGGGGGAUAUUCUCCAUGUGAUCAGUACAGAGGAUUCAAACUGGUGGCAGGCUUAUCGGGAGGGGGAGCAGGAACAUCAGUCCCUGGCCGGACUCAUCCCUAGUCGCUCAUUCCAGGAACAGAAGGAACGUAAUAAGAUCAUGUUGGAAAAUGAAACAAAAGAAAGCAAGAAAAAAAGUCAAACUUGUUCUUGUGGCAGAAGGGACAAGAAAAGAAAACGCAAAUCCUUGUAUGAAACAGAGGAAAUAUUAACUUAUGAAGAAGUGGAAAUGUAUUACCCACAACCCAAUCGAAAAAGGCCAAUUGUAUUGAUUGGUCCACCAAAUGUAGGCCGUCAUGAAUUAAGGUCAAGGUUAAUGGAGUCCGAUUUUGAUAGAUUUGCAGCUGCUGUUCCUCAUACGAGUCGCCCACCAAAGAGCGAUGAGGGAAAUGGAAAGGACUAUCAUUUUGUCACAAGAGCUGAAUUUGAAGCAGAUAUUGUUAGCAAUAAAUUUGUGGAACAUGGAGAGCAUGAGAAGAAUUUGUAUGGAACAAGUCUGGAUGCUGUCCGUCAAGUGAUAAAUACUGGCAAAAUCUGCAUCCUUAACCUUCAUCCAGAGUCUUUACAAGUUCUUAAAUCAUCAGAUUUAAAACCUUACAUAGUAUUUGUGUAUCCACCAAACAUGGAGAAGCUGAGGCAAAUGCAGAGAAAUUUCUACCCAGAAAACAAUAUAUCGGAUGACAUGCUGAAGGACAUCAUUGAGCGUGCUCGGGAAAUGGAGGAAAAAUAUGGACAUUUCUUUGAUUAUAUUCUGGUCAACCAGGACAUGGACCGUGCAUACAGUGAAUUGUUGGGAGAAAUUAACAGACUGGAAGUAGAACCACAGUGGGUUCCGCUUCAGUGGGUAGACAGCUAGUUACUGAGGUGAAACCAGAUUAGGGAUUGUGUCAAUGGCCAGCUUUUAACACAGGGCAUGGAGAGAAUUGGAGGAGAUCUGAAAAUGGUUGUGAUGGGAAAAUGUGAGAGUGAAAGACCUACAUAGCUAAAAAAAAGUUGUGUGCUUUUACAAAAAAAAAAAGUCACUAGUCUUUUUGUCACUCUGGUUAAGUUAAACACAGAAUUACUUUCAUAAGCUGAUCAAAGAACAUAUUAUAUGGAUUGUCAUAUAAAUUAGUUUUAUCUUAGUAGCAUUAAAUAAGAUUACAGGAUAAUUUUGUUGAGACCAGAACUGUUUUGAUAUUCAAGAUAAUUCUAACGGGUUAUAAACAGUUCCAGUGGGCUAUGUUUUAAUCAUUGAAAGAAAAUAUUGCUCAUUGUUAUAUGCAAUAUUCCAUACAGAGACAUUCCAAAAAUAUAAAUAAUAUCUUUCUUAUCAUUCCAAAUACUAGAAGCAUAAUUUUUAAAGCACUCUUUAGUAUUAAUUUCAAAAAUAAUGCCCAAUAAUUUUUCUGUUUAAAAUUACUUUUUAAAAAAUUUAAAGCAUAGAACAAACUAUUUCAAGAUAUAUUCACUAUUCAAAACCAUGUUAGGUACAUGUACCGGAACAUUGUACUAGGUCCAAAUUAAAUCAUUUAUCUUCAUUUAUGAAUUUUCCGCCUGCAAAAUGCAUUAAUUUUUUACCACUGACAAUAAGCUUGUGCCAAGUCUGUAUUUCUUGUAUAGUCUUCCAUGAUUCAGCAUUUAUUCUUGAUUUGAUGACCAGUGUUGAACAAAAACCAGCUGAUGGAGCAUGUAUCGGCUUCAUAUAACAAAACCAUGUUUAUCAGUCUAUGUCGACUUUGGGAUUCCACAUAAGAAAUGUUUUCAAAUAGUACAAGGGUCAUUCAUAAAAUAUGUAGACAUUAUCGCACUUCUUGUAUAAUUUCUCAGAAAUUCAAGACUAACACAUUGCUAUAUGUAAAAAACAUUUAUUUUGUCAACAUAUACAGUUUCAUUACAUUAAAUUUAAAAUCUUUUUUUUUGUCACUUUGGAGCUCACCUGACAAAACUAUAAGAUCAAAAACAAAAUGACAGUUUCUCAAAAAUACACCCCCUCCUACCUUUAACACGAUGUCUUUGGUGGAUUAUUCACUGGCUAAAAAACAUUUCUAUACCGCUCGACACUUAGUUCAUUAAUAAUUGUUCAAGUAGCAUACAUUUAUUCUUCUGAUAGUGUUUUUGGGGAUUUUUUUUUUUACGGACAUAACUCUGCUGCAUAAAUUCCACAAUAGAUUAGCGCCCAUUGCUCUGUGAUGUUACAUACUCUUGAGACCAUAUUUUUACUGAUGGUCCGUUUCCUCUUGGGUUGCCAAUUGUCCAAUACAAAGUCUUUUCCUCCCAAAAAUGUCUUUAUCAUUUAUGCACAAUGCACGUCUCAUAUAUUUCCUGCUUUCUUCAGUAUUUUCAGAGUUUAUUUGUUUCCCCGAGUGCAACACAAAACUGAAUUGCUUCUCAUUGCUACUGCAACGUCAUCAUUUUUUGCUUUAUUCAAAAAGGACUACAGACUAUGAGUCUUCAUGAAUUGAUUUCUGCUCAACUAAGCAAUGUAUUACAUCACAAUUUGGCAUGUGAAAUGAUGUACUUAUUCCCACUUUUAACUUUUGAAUUUAUUCUUAAAUUUUAUUUUGUUUUAGCUCCAUUUUACAGAGAAAAUAGAGAGUAUUUUUAGUAAAGUACUAAAUUUAACAUGCUCUGUGACCCCAUUUUUUACAGAUCAAAUUUUAAAUUAUUUUGAUAUUCAUCAUGGUUUGAUCCUUUAAAUUAGAAUAUAUCUACCAAAUUUGGUUAUAAUUUGAUGUUAGAUAAUAAAAUUAUGACAAAAGUCUACGUAUUUUUGGAAUGACCCUCGUAGAUAUAGAUGGCAGGUUAAUUACACAUCUGGUGUUUAUUUUAUUACUCAUGUAUCUCAUAGACAACGGAUCAUGAUCCAGUUAAAGUUAUAUAUUUUGUACAUUAAACAAGUUUGUUCGGUUGAUCAGAUAAUGCCUAAAUGUACGUAUCAUUUAUAAUGCUUUAAGCCUCAUUAAACGAGUAUUUAUUCAGUGUUUUAGGAAAUCAAAAGGAUGUCUCAAAUUAUUUAAGAUGUUUAAAUGAUUAGUUACGUAUAACAGCAUAAAGAACCAUUAUUUACACAAAAGCUUGACUUGCAUUUAAACACACAAUUUUUCAAUGCAAGUUGAAGACUUUGUAUCCAUUAAACAAAACCAUAUGUUUUAAUAAAAAAAAUAACAACUAGUGAUUCAUUUAAAUAUGUGUUAUUUAAUACAAUAUGUUAUUGAAUUCUGUUCAGUUAUUUCCAUUUCUCAAAUAAAUUUCUGUCAAGGCCUAAUUAUGCUUGUCUGAUACCUCAAACUAGCUAGCUUCACAGAAACAUUCUAUAUUAAUAUGAUGGUGCUAUAUGUAUAGAUUCUUAAAAUGGAAGCAAGACUAAUAAUGUUAUAAUCAUUCGUAUGUAUUAUAUUUACUCCAUGUAAAUGUAUCUUCUAAAAAGAAUAUUUUUACCUGAUAUUAAAGAUGAAUGUGAUAUUUA